CUGGACAAGCAACGAACCAACAAUUUUGAAAUGGCGACUAUGAACGGCUUCGACAUGGGCUUUGGAGCAAACGCGGCUGCAGUCUUCGGUAGCCUCGAGAUGGACGGCGACGAAUAUGUGCGAUGUAUGUUGUGCCAUUCCGCAGGAGUCGACGUCCGAGUCAGCUCCUGUGGAUGUACAAGCCAUGCCCGUUGCAUCCAACUCAACCCUCACGGAUCUCUCUCGAACUGCCCAUUUUGUACAAAACCUACGCAAGGGCUUGUUCUUUUUCCCAUGAGUUUCCGUGAAAUUGACGAAGCGCACCGUACAGCUUCGGCGCUGCCUCCCAAGCCACAAAAUCGCGGCCGGAAGCGCAAAACGGGCGCGGACUUGAUCGAAGACAAGGGCUACGUAGCAGAGCGUCGUACGGGCCGUUGGACCAACGAGGAAAUGUCCUUUUGCGAUAAACUCAUGGAUAAAUUUGCCAACGGCGACCUACCUGUGGCGGAUGGGGUCAAGCUCAACGAGUUUUUGGGCAACAUGCUGAAGUCCAAGCAAUCCCGUCUUACGAAAAAGAUGAAGAAUGCUAAGCUCUCGAGCAAAACUUACCAAAAGGGGAUCGGAUGUUUGACCGCAACGGACGCUAGCGAAUUUUCGGACCUCGAAGAAUUAUUUUUUCAGGCUAUUCCUGACCUCCAGGAGCGUGCGGAGAUAAAGUUUCAUAUGCAAAAGGAAUGGCGCGAACAAUUCAGCCGUGUCUGCGCCACAGUCGGACAGCCUCUGGAUGCUGAUUCUUGGCUCGGAAGUGUUGAAGAGAUGGAUCGUCGUGCCUCGCAGACGCGCGACGCUGCCCGAAUGGCCAAACGCAAGCUCAUGAUGGGAGUUGCUCUCCGUACCGACUCGCAGAACGCCGAUGACGGUGUCUUCAUUGAGAAAACAGAGGCUGAAGCCCGGGCCGCCGGAUCCACAUACACGAGCGAAAGAGAUGUUGAAGAUGAGAUGCUGAGCAUUCUGGCAGAGGAUAAGGCUGCCGCGCAAGCCAUCGACCUAAAUGGAAAAAGUAGCCUUCUCCAUUCUGCUCCGUUUCUCUCCAAAACGACGUCGUACUUGCAGCGCCUUGGUAUUCCUUUUGAGCACGUAGAUCUUUGGGUGCCAUCUUUUGUUCCUGGAGAUGGCGAAGAUUUAGAUAGCACGACUUGUCGACUUUGCUUUGCUGGUUCCGCAACUGUCGAUAAGGUUAUUGAACAGGACGGCAAAAGUGGCCGCUCUCUAACGACAGAAGAACGGUUUAAUCUUUUCGCCUUCGGUGACUACAGUCAAAAGUUUUCCUUUGAUGUUGGCUGCGGUCUUCCUGGACGUGUUUAUGAAAGUGGACGCCCCACAUGGGAGCAAAGUGUACACAAUGCUCCCCACAACCAUUUUGAACGCUGCGGUGGUGCAUUGCAGUGGGGAAUCAAGACGGUGGUAGGAAUACCGAUUGCUAGUCCGAACGUUGGUAGGAUUGUUGUAACCCUUUAUUCCUGCUACGAUCGUCCUAAGGACGAAGAUCUUGUUUCUCGUCUUUCCGAAGAAUUUACGAGGCUUAUGCCUUCUCCGAAGUGGAAGCUUGUUGUCGACAUUGGGGAUGUCGAGGAAACGCCGUCGGCUACUUACGCUACUGCGGGAACCACUUCUUCUACCGCUGCGCAAGUCGACGGUCACGAUGCGAGCGACAAUUCCAAGGAAUCUAUCGACAUUUCGAUCGUUGCAUCUGUUGCGUCGAAUCCGGUGGAAGUCGCGUCUUCAAACCCCGCUGCCAUUUCAGCUUAUAGCGGGGCCGAAGCUCGUGAUCCUAGGAUCGAGCAAGUUGUCGCGAUGAUGGGGGAUUUUAUGCCAUCCGACCCUAACUCUCUCAUGGCACCAUACAUGCAAGGCUUCAUGUCACUGCGUCUCCUUCUUCUUCGUCAUUCUCUGACAUCAGAAGAAAGCGAAUUGUCGAGAACGAUACUCGAUUCUUUCUCCUCCUAUACAGCUGGGGGACGUGAUCGCGGUGAUAUUGCCAUUAUGUUGGCCAGGGACUUUAUGUUUCUUAGUCAUCAGCAACAACAGGCGCACCAUCCUUCGUUUCUUAAUUUAGGGGAGAACAUGAUGGGUUCUGUUGCGGGUGCGCACACAACGACAAACACAGGGUUGUCGCUUUUUGGUCUGCCGUCCACCAGCUCCAGUCUUCAGAACUCUCCGGCUCUCACCCCAAUUCCCGGCCCGGGAACUAACGACUCGAUGUCGAUUGUAUCAAACUAAAUUGGUUUGAGGGUGAUGGCGCACUGGUUGGACGGGCUCUUCUUUUCAAGGUUUGGGUUCUGCAUUUUUUGUUUUUAGUUGGAUCAAGCCGCAUUUUUCCGAGUCGGCUUGGCUUUUGUGAUGUGCAUUCUGCACAAUUUAUUUUUUGGGUUUGGUUUUAUAGUUAGCGAUCCUAUCGUUGAUACACGUUGGUGCUCAAUGCAGGCAAUUGCUUUCUGCUUUCCUUUCUAAUUUACAUUUUAUAUAUCAUUUUC